UAAACUGUAACUCAGAUCGCAACGACGGACGGAAAGAGAAAAUAAAAACAAAGACAAACCUUCUAGGGUCUUCUUCUUCUUCACGCCCUUCAAAUCACACUUGGGCCGCAAAAUAUUUGAGUCAUUUGUGGCGGAAUUUUGAAAGCCUGGUACUCUGCAGAUGGUUUUCUGUUAAGUUAUUUUGGUGUUGAAUUUAUUGGAAAUUUGGUUUUAAGGAACGAUCAGAUUCGACUGAGCUCAUAGAUGUUUCAGGAACCCGCUAAAUUUGGCUGUAAAUAUGGAGGAGUUGGAGCUCUUUGAUUGAAAUAGAGGGGUUUACGGAUGGGGACAACUAAUUUGGCGGCGCCCUCCUGCAGUGCAACGCCAUUGCCAGUAUAUCCCGUUUGUGUUUGAGCUAUGUCAGAUUGGAGCUUAUUUGAGGACUGGAACAAACUUCAUAUCACUUUCUAGCUUGGUGAAAGUUUAUCUAAGAACCCUUUUUUAUUCAUUUUUCAGAUCGAUGGCGCAGUUUGGAAUGAAUCUGGGGAGAGUGAUGACCAUAUUGUGCCUGAUCCCAAAGAUGCAUGGGAAGGUACAUGCAUGGUGAAGGGGGAACCCAAGAAGAAGUUUUGUCUUACAGAGAAAAAAUCUGUAGGAAAUAAAAAUGUUUGUCUUACAGAGAAAGGAGAUACGUCAUCUUCAAUUACUGAGGAGCCAUCGGCUCAGUUACUGGAUAUGGAUUCGUGGUGUGAUCUACACUGUGAAAAGCAAUCUGCAACUUACAACCUGAUGCAUGUCAAUGCUGAAAUGGCGAAUAAAUCUGCGGACAGCAAAACCUACAAAGAUAUUAAGCAAGAGUCAACUGAAAAUGACCUGAUUAUAGGAAUUUGUAAGGAGGAUCCUAUGCUUGAGAAUGGAGAUUCUAUAAUUGAGGACAGAGAUGAUAGCUUAGUGAGUAAUUUUUGCCAUUUCUCUCUGAGUGAUAUUUGUCCUCCUGAAGGAGAUCUUGAAUUUUUUGGAAAUGAACAUGAAGAUGAAGAGAGUUGCACCCUGCUGGAUUACGGUUGGGAAAAUAUUGGGAAUUUUGAAGAUGUGGACAGACUUCUUAGAAGCUGUGAAUCUACAUUUGGACAUUCAGUGAAUAGUGGAGUGGAUGAAUUAGUGUGGCCCUCGUCUUCCUCUGCUUGCUUUGAUAAUAGCUUUCAAGGAAAUGUUCAACAAGGGCGGGCGUCAUCAAGCCCAGAAUCAAGAGCACUUAAAGGGAAAUCACAACAAAACGAACAAAAAAUGGAAUUUAUGCCUUGUGAUUAUCCUUCUCUGGCUACAUGUCAGAUCGAUGGUUCAAAGGGCUUGGAUUAUCAGAAAAACAAUAGUAUAUCAAUUACAGACAAGCAUUUGAGGCAUGAGUCAUCAAGAAAUAUACAGGAAUUGCAACAAAAUGUAGUUAAUGAUAACAAAUGCUCAUGUGAAGAACAGCAGCAAGUGGGACAUACUUGGAGGUCUGAAGGAACAAUGAUAUCUCAAAAAGAGAAUGGUGACAAUUGUCAGGAUAUUGACAAGGUUAGUUCAUACAGAAAACAGGUAAUGGGUAACAAGCAACCUGAAAAGAAGCAUAAGAAGCAUCUAUCUGAUAAAAAGACUACGCAAAAUAUGCCAUCUGUUAUUACCUAUUCCUCAGGAUUUCAAGUGCAACACAACAUUUUUCCCAGGUGGCAGACUUCAGCAUCAUCAGCAGUUCAAAUAUUCCCUUCUCCAGUGCAUGCAUCUCAGAAGAAUUUGGUUGAAACUGGUUCCUUAAGACAGUUCUAUCCUCAAUUUCCAUACAUUCAUGCAGGAUAUGGAUAUCCUUUGCAUCAUGUGCCUGCAAUGCCUUAUUUAUCAAAUCUUAGACCUCAAGCAGAGCAAGGUAAUCCACUAUUUGUUGGUUGCCAAAUUCCAACAGAUAUUUCUAAUCAACCACAUCAAAUAAGUAAGCCGGCUGUGAUUCCCUCAAGGCCUUCAAGUAUGACACCACAAGAAAAGAUUGAGAAGCUGAGAUGGCGCCAGCAGAUGCAGGCAAGACUUGCUGUUGAACACCAACACCAGGAACUUGAUAGUCAGAAAACUUGUACAAACCAUUCUCCUGUUCACAAGCAACCACAGAAUAUUCAUUGUCAGCAGGUAGAAGUGAAACCAAUGGAAGGUCUUACCAAAGUAUUGCAGUCAACAAAUACUGAUUCAGAUUCAUUGGCCCCACAUGAAAAUUCCAGAGCAGUUUCUGAACUUACUUAUUCUGAUAGCGAUGGCUCAUUGGAGGCGAAUGUACUUCAUCAGCUUCAAAAUGUCAUUGCUAGGUUAGGUAUGAAAAAGCGAUUGUGUAUUCGGGAUUCAUUGUAUCGUCUUGCUAGAAGUGCCAUGCAAAGACGCUUUGUGGGUGAUACCAAGAGCAGUGGUGAAAAUAGUGAACACAUUGAAGCGGUUGGCAUAUGCACAUCUAUUGAUAUCGACCAAACUCAAAGUGAUAGGUGUUUAGGACCGAAUGACAUUGAAACGGAGACAAAUCCCUUUGAUAGAACAAUUGCUCAUUUGCUUUUUCAUAAAAAUUCAAUGCCCUCAGCAGGGCUUAUGACUGCAGCUGCAGAUUCUAGUAAUUCAACUUUCUCCACAAAUUCACAAUCCUUUUCUGCAACACCAAAUUUCUGGCUGUCUCAACCUCCAGAAUUCGAAUUACUCACUGAGGUGCAAGUAGUCCCAGCAACCAACCUUCACCUCCCUAUAUCAGGUCAAUCACCUACAUCCAUAGUAAAUAAUGGAAUAGGAUGUUGUACUCAGAACAUGAUCAAUAGGAAUGGUUCUUCCCCAGGAUGUUCUUCCAUUGUGUCUGACGUUCUUUUUGAUCCCCAAAUAUGUGGUUCUCCAGCCUCUAUGGAUGUUGAAAACUCUGAAGGUAUUUUGGUGUCGAAGCAUCAAGGUGUGCCUCAUAAUAAUGAUUCCAAUUGUCCUAGUGUCAAGUGCAACCAAAAAUCUGAAAGGGGUGCCAUCAUAGAUAAUAAUGAAGGCUUAAUUGAACUAAGAUGUCACCACCAGCAUUUGCCUGAAGUUAAAGAAGAAAGUAACAUCUUUCCAUCAAGCACUCAAAAUAUCACAAAAAAAGAAUCUAUAGAAAGCCCGGAUGUUGAUAUGUUGGACAAAGAUUCUGAUGCAGUUGAUGUUAUGGACACAAAUUCUGAGCUUAUGACAUCAGAACAAUUCUCAGAAAUAAGAGGCUCAAAGAAACAUCGUCUCAGUAGAUGAAAACAUUUCUGUCCAGAAAGUCCUCCAGCAUGCUGUAACAUAUCACUUUUAAUGAAGUGAAAAAGCAUUAAUGGAGAAAGAAGCUGUUUCUAUGAGACAGUGUCCCUAUAAAAAUUUUCAUUUUUGCUGAAGGAAGAAUUUGCAUUCUAUUUCAUGUUACUUGAGACCUGGUGCAGAGAUGUGCUAUAUGUGCAACAUAUACAUGCCCUUGGAUUUUCCCCUUUUCAAGUGCUUAAUUAUGCUGAACUCUUUAUAUGUAUCCUAUUAUGAUUAGUUCAAGACACACUUCCCAUAGGUAAAUUACGAGACAUGAAAAUGUAAACAAUUGUAUAUAACCUGAAACUGCAAUUUAUUGGAAUGGAAAUGUUUUAUGUUUCAGUAAUGUAAAUUUUACCAGCAAACUCAAACACUGUAUGGAUCAUGACAUUAAAUUUAUAAGCAUUAGAGGCUUGGGUCA